AUGAUGGCUGACUGUGGAAUGGAUGUCGAUGGACUACCAUGCACUGCACCUCCAGGAGAGGAAGGGAUGCACAUGAGUCAUGCAGGUGGAGAAUACAAAGCCUUUGAAGGACUCGCUGAGCAAAUAGCGCACGUCAGUGGCUAUCACUAUAUUGAUCUCCGCACUCAACAGGACCGAACAGAAAAUCAAACCAAACACUGGCAUCUUCAGCUGAACUUGCUUGUGAAUGCUUACCUCAACUACCGUUCUCGUGAUUCUGGAGACAACAUGCCAACCUUGGACGAUGAGCUUCUGGAACCACCUUUAGAUGAUUCUCCCAGUGUUUCACUGACUAACAUAGAACUCGUCAAUGUCUUCAAACAAAGCUACUCCUCACUUCAAUCACGGUCCCUGCACAAAUACCCCAACAAGACAUUGAUAUAUCACAGCUACAUCAGGUGUGCACCAAUCUAUCCAACAGUUGCUGUAUUGCUGCGCACUCUUGCCACCUACCGUCAAAUCCAUCGCUCUUGUCCUAGGUUCAGCAUUCAAGCACAAGUCAAAUCUCUAUGUUUCCUUCAUGAUGUACAUCCACACAACUCUUUUCAGCUUAGCUAA